AUGAUGAUCUGGUUAGCAAAACCAACGGUGCCACAUUUCGUGAGCGCCGCGCGGCGGCACUUCGCCAAGUGGAAAAUCGAGCACACCGUACCUCUGUACGAGAGAAGGAGUCGCGCCAAGUUGAAGAGGGAGAAGCAGCUGAAAAAGGCCAAAGUUCAAAUUUUGCACUUGGGUCGGAGUGCGCGUUUGGGGGGGCCCUCCAUACCCCGGGUUGGUAGUAGCUCGUACACAGCUCAUGAGGUGGGUGUCCCCCAUGAGGUCCUUCCAACGGAGGACCCCCAUGUGAAGCAGCUACCAGAAUUACAGGUGGACGAAUUCAACGCGUCUUCCCUGACCUUCACACACGCGAAGAGGUUAUUCUUUAUCAUGAGGAGGAAGGAGAAUGAAGCUCUCCUUAAAAAUUUGAACAGCACACACUUGAUGCACGUGUGCGUUUUCAUGGUGAAGAAGAAUAUGCGAUGUCGCUCCGUAGAGGAGGAGUUCCUACGUAGGGUGAACGACGUGGUUGUAGAAACUGGAGACGCGUCUUCCGGAGUGGAUAGCAGACCCCCGGGCGACCCCCUUCUGCGCGAAGACCACCUCCACCACGUGGUGGAAUUUUUUCACCACAUUGGCCUGAACAACGUUUGGGUGCAUCAACGUGGGUAUCACGCAUGGGGGUUCACUAAACUUAAGCGUAUUUAUAACUCGCUGCUGAGUCAUGUUACAAAUAAAAUGAUUUUGAGCAAGGGACAAGUGAUGGAGUUGCUUAGCAUAAAUGAUAAGUACCUUCACUUUGACGAGUGCCUUUUUGAAUACAUGGAUGGAACUAUAAGGAGCACGUUCGACUCAUAUAAUGAGCAUGAGGUAGCAUACCUGUGCAGGCAUUUGAAUAAAAUGUUAUUUUUCUUCUCCUUACAAAGGCAUGGGGUACAGUGUGACUUGUAUGUGCACCGCUUGGUGAAGCGGUACGUGUGCAAAAGUUUGGUGUUUUCUCCUGAGGUGGGGCAAGACAUGUCGGUGGGGCAACUGGUAGAAGUGGAGUCGCCCCACGUGGACGACACAACACCUCACCGCUCAGCAUCUCUUCCCCCCUCACUGCUACCCUCUUUUAAGGAGCGCAUCAGGAAGAGCAAUCUCGUGAAGACACUAAACAAGGAGCUGAGCAAAAAUGCACACGAAUACAAAUACUACAACCUAGUGGAGGUACUGGAGUUCUAUUCCCUGUUUGAAAUAAAAAAAAAGGAAAUGAUUAAAAGACUUAUAAACGAGGUCGACAAGUACAUCAACAUCAUGAAGUAUGCCUACCAUGCAAAGGCACUGAUUUUGUUCAGCUUGAACAGAAAACACCUGGAUGAAGAAAAUAAAAAAAGCAUAAGGCGCUUAAUCAGGAGGACUUCACAAAUGCUUCAUUUUUAUUGGCCUAUGGAAUUCAUCCUAGAGACAAUAAUUGCUUGCUGUUCUUUUUUAAACAAUAGUAAUAAGACCAUACGCAAUUUAUUUUUGUACUUGAAGGGAAACAUUAAAAAGUGUAUUCACCCUGUGCUUCUAAUCAAUCUGUUGAAGUGUUUAGCUCCUACACAGAUUCGUGAAUGGACUGUUUGUAACCAAAUUUUGAAUUACGUGAAGGAGAAAAAAAAUUUCAUCCCUGAGGUUUAUGUGAUACAAAUAUUAAAAUAUUUGUCUCUUUUGAAUUAUCCUAAUGAUGAGUUAUUUGUUUCUUUUUUAACUUCAGAUGGGGUGCUCUCUCGAUUUGCUCGUCUGCCCAGUGAAUCACUUGUUAGUUUACUCCACGUAGUUAAUCACUACAGGGGGGUGCACCCCUCUGGGGUGGAGAAGUCUUUCCGCGUGGGCAAUGUUCUUGUCCGCUCCAGCGCGUCGGUCUUCUUCUCCGAGUUUGUCAUGUUCUUGCUGCUGAGGCGGUUGAAGACGCAGGGGGGGGACAGCACAGCAGGGGACGGCGCAACGGAUAACGCAACGGGGGAGGACGGGACCAAUAAUAACCGCUGCACUCCCCCCCCCCACGCGGACGCCUUCAUCCAGCUGCUAAACGCGCUGACGAACUUAAAAAUCACAAACACGGAGAUGCUGGACUACGCGGUGUAUUACCUACAGGAGGGGGGGUUGACACACAUGGAAGAAAGACACGUGGUGACUCUCUUCCAAUUCUUCUCGGAGCAUCUCCUAAAUUGCCCCUCCGCGGGCGAGUCCCUCACCAGGAAAACGUAUACCUAUCUUCAUCAGGUGGCAGAAAACACGAUAAGGGAGCUACCCGAGGAGUAUCUGAUCCACUGUGCAUUCUCCGUCUUGGCAUUCUACUUCGUCGACGUUAUUUUGAACAAGAAUAAGAAGAAUGUAAAUCUGUUAGAGCAAAUGAUGAUGACCUUUGGAGACAAAAUAAGAGCAGGGUUACAUAUUCUAACAGAGGAGAAUGAAGAAAAGAAGGCCUCCUAUGAACUCCUACACGUGAUAUCCGCCGUGCUCAAAAUGAUUUAUGAAAAAAUGGAGAAGAGAUUACCUGAUGAGCUGUUCAACCUGUGCACACAUGUACAGAAGCAUUUAAGUUCAGUCGGGGGGGAGGGAGCACAUCACAAAAUGCCAACUGGACAAUAUUUUAUUUUUUUCUUUUCAGACCUUUUUAAGAGUAAAAGCAUCCCCCAUUUUAUUAACUACAUUAGUUACCCCUACACGAUUGACAUGGUCAUUCCAGGGGUGGCCGAAAAGGGUGCAUUGGGAGAAAAAGGCGCAGUGGCAGAGGAAAGUCGCAAGCGCGCUCUCUUUCUAAUCGACAGCUUUGAUCAGAUGUACCUAAGGAACGUCCCCGUAGGCCGCUUCUUUGACGAGGCGGGAAGGGCACAAAUGGGGGAAGUGGUCUACCAACAUGAAGACGUUCGCACGUGCUUGAAGCCGUAUGAAGCGAUUCGCGAGUGGUUCCUCAACAACCACAACUACGCUGUGUCUUACGUAUCGGUGGCUGACUGGAAGGAAAAAUACAUGUAG